AUGGGAGCUACUAACUGGACUUUUGAUGCCGAUACUGCUUGUGAAUUCCAUGAGAAAUCGGCUGUGACAGAAUUAACCAGGAACAUUUCUUGCAUCCUUGGACCCGAUAAUAGUACACAACACAUUUCAGUAAUAGAAUUCAAACGUUGCAGCCUUUCUGGAGUUCUUCCACCAGAAUUGAACCAGCUUCCUAAUAUCUCGAGUAUUGAAGCAAACCAAUUCUCAGGAACAGUGCCCACGCAGCUUGGGAAACUAGUUAAUUUGGAGACUUUGAGACUUUCCUCCAAUAGAUUGACUGGAAAUUUACCAACGGAAUUUGCUGAGCUGAAAAAUUUGACAGACUUGUAA